CUUCCUCCCUCUAUUUCUCACUCACUCUCAGCAUGUGUGGAGUUGAGUACUAAAGUGAGGGAGUGGCAACAUAUAGCAAGUGCAGGUUUUAAAACUGUCACAGAGAGUGAGAGAGAGAGAGAGGGUGGAGGCUGAAGUAAAAUUAGUGGAACAACAGAAAGAGACCCACACACCACACCACAGAGAGACGAGGGAGUAAGCAUCCAGCGUAAGAGGGAGAGAGAGAGUGGGAGGCGAACAAAGAGUGGGAAGAAGGCAACCAUGCUGAGGAGGAAGAGGAGCGUGUCCUUCGGAGGAUUUGGAUGGGUUGACAAAUCUACCAUUACUGCUCUUCGAACCCGGAAGCAGGAGAUGCUGACCAUCUCAAGUGUUCCCCUGGCAGACUGCCCUCCAUCUCCACCAAGAACUGCUCCUGCUGCCUUGAAGUCUGCACCAUUCUUCGACUCACUAGAAAAGAUGGAGGAUGACGAUGUUUCGUAUCCGAGUAUAGAAAAGGUGCUACAGGAUGGCCCACCAUACCCUCAAGUGAUCCUUCCACAGCCUGGAGGAUACUGGAUCGAAGAUCCCGAAACCCCAGCCAUCACACCAAACUCUGGAGAAAGCAGUUGGUAUCAUGAGGAAGAUGAAGAGGGCGCCAACCCAGGGGGAGAGUUUGGAUAUCGAUUGGAGAGUAACUACGGCAUACGAGCGUACCGCAAGCACUUUCUGGGCAAAGAACACCUUGAUUUCUACUGCACAGCCAGCAACCAUGGCAACCUUGUCCUGUCCCUCCGGCAUGAAGAAACAAAGGAUCAGGAGCAUCUGCACAUUAUUUUAAGGACUCCAGCAAAGACAGUCUAUGACAGGAUUUUGGUCACGGGUUUGCUUGAGCUCCCCAGCGUCCCUCAGUUAGCCAAGCUGCUUUGUGAAGAUAUCGUUGGCUUGAGGUUCAAUCCCGUGUUGUACACUAGGGGAUCUCAGUUAAUACUGAACUACGAUGAACAUGAGCUGAACAACACUUUCAAGUUUGGUGUCAUCUACCAGAAGUUUGGUCAGAUGUCAGAAGAGGAGCUGUUUGGAAACAGUGAGGAAACACCAGCUUUCACUGAAUUCCUCCGAGUGCUGGGAGACUGUGUGGAACUGCAGGAUUUUAAAGGUUUUCGAGGUGGUCUGGAUGUCAGUAAUGGGCAGACAGGUUCUCAGUCAGUCUACACUGUGUUCAAAGGGCAGGAGCUCAUGUUCCACGUCUCUACCAAGUUACCCUUCACAGAAGGGGACACACAACAGCUUCAAAGGAAGAGACAUAUAGGAAAUGACAUAGUGGCAAUAGUUUUUCAAGAAGAGGCCACACCAUUUGUGCCUGACAUGAUCGCGUCCAACUUUCUUCAUGCUUAUAUCCUGGUCCAGGUGGAGAAUCCGGGUACAGACGACACCGCUUACAAGGUCUCUGUCACAGCAAGAGAUGAUGUUCCACAAUUCGGUCCUCCGCUCCCCAAUCCUCCAGUCUUCAGAAAGGGCCCAGAAUUCAGAGAGUUCUUGCUGACUAAGCUGAUCAAUGCAGAGCUGGCCUGCUACCGCUCUGAUCGAUUUGCCAAGCUUGAGGAGAGAACGCGAACAGCAUUGCUGGACAACCUCCAUAAUGAGUUACACAGACAGACUCAGCUGCUUCUGGGUCAGCCACUCAGCGGUGAUGAGGAGCGAAUGGAGAACGGAAGCCAUGGGGGAAUCCUGGAAACUAUCAAGCGAGCAAUGCGUGUGCGUAGUCACUCAAUGGAGACGAUGGUGGGCUCUCAGAAGCAUGGCCGCUCUGCAGGGGGUGGAGGAGUGCCCACCAGUCUGAGUGGAGCAGGUCUUACCCAUAGCAGCCCUGAGUGCAACAGGAACUCGUACCCUGUGUCAUCUACGGCUAAGUCUCCUCUGAAGAGCCCAGUGAAGAGACGCUCAUGUCUUUUCCCCCGGCUGCACACUAGCAUGGACGCGCAGACCGAGCGUCUAACACGCAGUAUGCUCUGUGAUCAGAGGAGUCUAGACAACGGUCAACUCUCACAAGAGGUUAAAUCACAGACCUCAUCAAACCCCAGUUCUCCAGAGAUCUGCUUGAGUACAGAGAGCCCAGCUCUGAAGCUGCAGGAGUGCACUCAAAGCCCUGAAAUCUCUCGCUCUCCGUCCAGCACAAGCAGCUUCAGUAGUGUGGCUGGAGACACAGACACACUUGAGGAAGGAGACCCUAACAAUCUCCAGCUUUCUCCCAGUUUGUCACCUGUGUGUAGCUCCUCUCUUGGUGUGGAGGGUCAGGGUGUAGGAACUCCGGUUAUAAUGUGCCGCAGUCCCACAGAGUUCAAGAAUAAGAAUUCUCCCAGAUCCAGCCUGAGAUUCCGCUUCGACAAGUUGAGCCACUCGGCGCCUGGGCACUAGUGACCGAACAAUUAAGAGAGACCAGGAGCACUGUGUGAGCCAGAUAUGAGCUUUGGAACAAGACAACAUACUGAGGAUGAGGGACACUGGAUUUUAAAUAUUGCUAAAGCUUGAGCUGCCUCCAAGAUGGCAUGAGUCAUGUGAACACACACACAUCCUAUACACAAAUACCACAGCGUUAUUAGAGCUUAGCAGGUUUAUCCUACCACUGAUCCUGUUGACCUGGAAUAUUCAGCCUAUGAUUUUGAUUGAGGUUUUUUUUUUGCAGCAAAGGCUUGUGAUGAGUUCCUAGGAGGAUGAUAGCUUUUUAUAGCAAUAUAUAUCAUUUGUUGAGACAGAACAGUGGAGGUUAUGCAGGACAAAAUAGCUGCAAUAUGGUUCAUUCAAAACAACAAAUUUGUUUGACGUCUGUUAAGAGUUCAUGGUUUAUAUUUUGCACUGGCAAUGCAUUGUGCUUUAUUGUCUUCGUCAGUUUAGCUGAAUGAGAUUAGAGUCCCUUUAUUGUGCCUCAGUUCUGUUAUUAUGGUUGGUAAAAACCAUGCAAGCAAAUGAAAAGCAAAUCCUUAUGGCAGGAUUUCUCAAACUUUCCUCAAACUCCCCUUUCAGUGUGACCAAAACUCACAGACUCCCUUAUAAUUACAGCACAUAUUAUCUUUUACCAUUAUCCUACUAUACAAAUAUUAAACGCGUUAGGCACAUAUGGGCCAUUUUCUUUAUUUAUUGGGAGAUUUUGAUUCCUGAACUUUCCCCCAAAGAACUCACACCAGUUACACUGUGUUAAAAUAUUGAUUACCAUACUUUUCUUAGUUUUAGCAAUAUUGCCCUUAGAUUCAAGUUAAAGUUAUUUAUACUUGCUUUUUUACAGUAUAAUACAGCUUUUAUUAAACCCAGUCAAUUUAAGGGACCAGUUACACUUAUAACCAAAUAAUAACUAUAAUAACUAUAACAGUAUAAUAGUUGGCAAUGAUCUAUACGAUCAUCACAACAUUUACUAAUGUCACAGAGUCACAGAUUCCUGGUGGUCACCGGGUGCUGUGUUAAUACACAGCACUUGAUUAAAUCUGUGGCUCUGUCAAUUAAGUAAGGAAUAAAAGCUGAUAUUGAUUAUUUUCCUAUAACAGCAUGUCCUGAGGUGUUAUUCCUCACAUCCCACAGCAAUUUGCCAAACCUAACAAUACCUUUUUAUUAAUGAAUGUCACAUGAUACUAUUUAUCCAUUUGUAGUUGCAUUUUAAUGUUCUUGAACAUCCAUAAAACAAGUUCCUGUUAUCACUCAACAGUUGUUCCCUCACCAGAUUCAACAUUUUCUCUCUCUCUUGAUGUUAAACAUGCAUUAAAAUGCAGUUUGUCAGGUUAUGAGAAACUGGAAAGCCACCUGUCUGAGAUUUUUGUCUCAGUGUGACUAUCCGGGUUAAUUAAAGGUUAAAUAAAAUAAGUAACACAAUGUAUUAGAACUAGUGUGUUAAUAUAAUCCUGUGAUUUGUGUUGCUGCCAGAAAUGCUUUCAGAGCUGCUGUUAUAGAAACUUAAUCACCUUCUGACCAAUCAGAAUCAGGCAUUCAACUGCACGGUGGUAUUUCUUUUUUUUUCUUUCUUUUGUUUAAAGGUGAAGAAGGGUAUUGACAUGUGUGACAGAGAAAGCAAUUGGAAAAAAAAGUUGGAAAUAAGAAAUAUUUAUUUCUUCCAUUUACCGUAAGUGCAGGUUUACUUUUCAGAAAACAAAUAUUUCUGCAAAUAUUUCAUUUUAGAGAAUAAAAUAGUCUAUCAAAUCAAAUAUCUAGAACAAAGUGAGAUUUAUAGUUAGUAGCUAGCAAUACUAGUGACUCAGAAUUCAGACCUUGAGUAACACGACCGCAUUAAAAACCUUUUUACAUCUCUAAACACAUAUUUAUUCUAGUUGCACAAUACUGUCUUUGAUUUGGAAUAAACUUGAGUAUAGUAAUGGUUGUUCCAGACAAAUACAAUGAGCUGUUAACUUUGUGAAUUUUUUUAUGUCAUAUAGAGAUAUUAUGUUAUUGGAUGGAAAUGCACUUGUUUGUACUAUAAGGCCAGCACUGUUCCCCAAACCACCCCCCACCCACAUUCUUACCAGAUAGAGCUUUGUUUUUGAGCACAUUGUAUGUCAGUCCACACCUUGUACAUUGCUUGCUUUUUUAUUGCUUGUACUGUAUAAUACUUUUAAAUGAUUGAGAAAACUAGGGGAAACAAUUAUAUUGUGGCCUGGGAAAAUCCUUCACUUGGUCACAUUAGCUCUGGAAAUUACAAGCUUUCCUAAAUGGAAAUAUGUUUCUCUUUGGCAUGUACAGUGCCCUACACUAAUAUUGGCACCCUUGGUAAAUAUGAGCAAAGAAGGCUGUGAAAAUUGUCUUUAUUGUUUAGGCUUUUGGUCUUUUGUUUAAAUUUUUUUCAAAAAUACUCUGCUCUCAUGUAUAUCAAACAAUUGCAAACACAACACAGAAAAAAAUAUAUUUUUGCUAAAUAUAGGUGUGCAACAAUUUUUGGCAUCCUUAUGAAUUCAUAUGAGAAAAAUAAAUUUGAAGCAUAUUCUCAUUGAUAUAUAUUUUUUAAAUUUGUACACCUGGGUGACUGGAACUUUGGAAAUUGUUUAACCAUGACUUCCUGUUUCACAGGGGUAUAAAUAUGAGGUAACAUAGGCCAAAUUCCCUUAGUCAUUCAUAACAAGUUGAAGUUCUAGUGGCUUUAUUGUCAUUUCAACCAUAUACAGUUGGUACAGUACACAGUGAAACGAAACAAAGUUCCUCCAGGACCAUGGUGCUACAUAAAACAAGACACUAACCACAUGAGACGACACAGAACUAAAUAAGAGCUACACAUUUUUACAUAAAGUGCACAUGCAAAUGUGUGCUAAUAACACAGGACAGUACAGUCCUACUAAAACAGGACAAUAAUUUUAGUGUGGAAGUGUCCAAUAUAACAGGUAGUGAAAAAGAUAGGUGCCAAAGAGUAACUAUAUAAUUUUAAAAUGGUAUAAAUGUAAACAUAACAUACUAUGACUUAGUAUUCAGCAGACUGGCUUAUACCAAAUAUGGACAUAGCAGUUAUUGCAGCAGCAGCCAGGUAAAGUGUAUAAUAGUGACAAGAAAUUAAAUACUAUAUUUUUAUAAGUAAAGUAGCAGCAAAAAUGCAAUAAAGUCAAUGCAGGAAUGUGCCAAUAAAGCAGUGGGAGUGGGAUGGUGUUCACUUAUUACAUUUAACAGAUACUAAAUGAAAACCUGACUGCCUCUACCAGAAAGCUUAAAAUGGGCUGUGGUUGGAUCUUCCAGCAGGACACUGAUCCAAAACAUACAUCAAAAUCAACACAAAAAUGGUUUACUGACCACAGAAACAAGGUCCUGCCACAGCCAUCCCAGUCCCCUGACUUGAAACCCAUAGAAAACCUGUGGGGUGAACUGAAGAGGAGAGUCCACCAGCAUGGACCUUGACAUUUAAAGGAUCUGGAGAGAUUCUGUAUGGAGGAAUGGUCUCAGAUCCCUUGCCAUGUAUUCUCCAACCUCAUCAGGCAUUAAAGGAGAAGACUCAGAGCUGUUAUCUUGGCAAAGGGAGGUAGCACACCUAUAUUUAACAAAGAUAUUUUUUGAAAAACCUGUGUUUUGUGAUUUUUGUUUGACAAAAGUUCAAAAGAUUAAACAGUAAAGACAAUUUUUCACAGCCUUCUUUGCUCUUAUUUACCAAGGGUGCCAAUAUUAGUGGAGGGCACUGUAUCUGAACAAUAAGAAACAUUAUAGCACGUUAAAAUCAACCAAAGGUCAAAAUGGUUUAAAUAAUUCAUUCCAAUUCCUGCUAAUGGUAAAACAAUAUUGUUGCCAAAUUUUACAGAAUUAUACAUUUACAAUUGGAAAUGAGUGACAUUUAAACACAAGCCUCAUGGCCGUCUCUUCAGUCAAAUGAUCUCUGUUCAUUGGUGGAGAUCAUUGGUGGAGAAAUAACAGAUGAUUAAUUCAGUCAGUUCUGUUCUGCUGGCUAAAUUUUCUUUUCAUAAGACCAUUUCAACAGUUGGACAGGCUUAUGACCUUCUCGGUAUGACAUGUAUAUAUCCAAAAACUGGAAUGGAGUUUUGGUCAAAAUCUUAUUUUUCAUCCAAACAUCUGACGGGUUUUCCCAGACCACCACAUAAAUCCUUUAACUAAUAAUUCCCUGACUGACAUUACUAUAAAUAUGAUAACUAUAAUGAAUUCACCAAUAUGUGUAUUUAUUAUGUAUAUUGAUAUCAGUUAGGACAUCAGAAUGUCACUAAACUGAAGUUUAAUCACUAAUCCACAUAGAUAUUUAGCUCUCAACUCUGGAGGCCCACUGAUUUGCACAGGCUCAGGUUUUCUCUGUUGCCAACAUGCCUGAUCCAAUUUGUGGAGGGAAUAUUCUAAUCAUGAUCAUGAUUUUUAGAUUUUUCAAAUAAUAAAUUGUAAUUUAAUGAAAUGUUAGUGAGCUAAUAUUAGAUAUCAGUCUUCACUGACUCUGGUUAAUUUAAUCACAGCCUUCAUUUUUAUAUGUUUAUCUUACAUGUUAUAUGUUUAUCUUACAUGUUAUAUGUUUAUCUUACUGUUUGGUUAUAUAUUGUGAUA